GCAAUUUACACCCUAUUCUGGCACUUUUUAGAAAUGAGUGACAAAAUAGGGUCCUGGUAAAAAUCGUGUGAGCCAUUGAUUGCCGAGCACAGAACCAGAAAUCCUUCACUUGAGACGAAUCGAGCCGAGAUGGCGCCGAAAAAGGGGAAAAAGAACGCCAAGAAAAACGCGAGCUCUGCUGCUGCGUCGGACGACCUGGAUGAUCUGCUGAACGAGUUUGCCCCCACGGAGGCCGCCAAGCCGCAGCAGGAGCAGUCCAAGCAGGAGGAUAAGAAGGACGACCAGACGCAGGAAAAGGAGUCGGACGUGGAUGCCGCUGCCGCCGCGUAUCUGGCGUCUCUGGGUGUGGCCCCUGCUGCUGGAGGUGAGAAGAAGGACGAUAAGAAGAAGAAGAAAAAGGGCAAGAAGAAACCCAAUGCGGACGCUAAGAAGGACGACGACAAGAAACCCAUGUCGGCUGCGGCCAAGGCUCUGAUGGAGCGUCAGGCGGCCAUGAAGGCCGAGCAGGAGCGCAUCGAGCAGGAGCGUCUGGAGCAGGAGCGCAUCGCCCAGGAGGAAGAGGCCAAGCGUCUGGCCGAGCUCGAGCGCGAGGAGGAGAUCCGUCGCAAGAAAAAAGAGGCGCGCGCCGCUAAGAUCGAGCGUCAGAAGAAGGAGGGAACGUACAUGACCAAGGCACAGAAGCAGAAGGCUGCCAAGGCUCAGGCCGCGCUUGAGGCGAUGCAGCAGGCGGGCCUCGUUCCUGAGGCUGCCGGCGAGAAGAAGAAGGUUGUGUACUCGGACAACAAGAAGAAAAAUAAGAACAACAACAAGAAGGUGGAGCCCAAAAAGGAGGAACCCAAGCCUGUGGUGAAGGAGGAAGAGGAAGAAGUGGACGACUGGGAGGCUGCCGAAGACGCCGCUCAGGCGCAGCAGGAGGAGGAGGCGGAGGCUCCCGAUGCGUGGGAUGACGAGGACUGGGAGACCAGUGACGUUGUGGCCUCGCUGGAGGAUAAGCUGCAGGAAGUCAAGGAAGAGGCCGCCGCCGCCGACAGCGACAGCGACGGAGACGAGGAUCUGCUUGUGCUAGAACAGAAGAAGGAGCAGGAGCGUCUGCGUCAACAGGGCAUCGCUCUGAUGAAACGCCAGGAGGAACAGGCUGAGCAGAUGCGUCAGGAGGCCGAAGAGGAGCGUCAGCGCUCCAAGGCCAAGCUCGAGGCUGAACGCAAGAAGAAGGAGGCGGCCGAGCGUCGUCGUGAGCGUGAGGCCGCUGCGCGUGCCAACGUGUCCCUGGACAACCUGCGUUCGCCUAUUUGCUGUAUUAUGGGCCACGUCGAUACUGGUAAGACGAAGCUUCUUGAUAACAUCCGCCGGACCAAGGUGCAGGACGCCGAAGCUGGUGGUAUCACGCAGCAGAUUGGUGCGACCUUCUUCCCUGUGGAGGCUAUUAAGCAGAAGACGGCACGCCUUGCCGAGACCAUGAAGCUCGAGUACCGCCUGCCCGGUCUGCUUGUGAUCGAUACGCCCGGUCACGAGUCGUUCACGAACCUGCGUACUCGUGGCUCUUCGCUCUGUGAUAUCGCCAUUCUGGUGGUGGAUAUCAUGCACGGUCUUGAGCCGCAGACUCUGGAAUCUCUGCGUCUACUGCGUCAGAAGAAGGCCCCGUUUGUGGUGGCGCUGAACAAGAUCGAUCGUUGCUACGGCUGGAAAACUAUGCCCGACAUGCCCGUCCAGGAGGCGCUCAAGCAUCAGAACGAGCACGUCAUUCGCGAGUUUGAAGAUCGCAUGAAGUCGAUCAUUGUGGAGUUUGCAGAGCAGAAGCUGAACGCCGAGGUGUAUUGGCGCAACAAGGACUUGGCGCACACGGUCUCGCUCAUCCCGACUAGUGCUAUCUCGGGUGAAGGUGUGCCGGAUCUGCUGAUGAUGCUGACGCGAUUGACACAGGAGCGCAUGGCCAAGUCGCUGGCAUUCGUCGACAUCCUACAGUGUACCGUGCUCGAAGUGAAGGUCAUUGAGGGUCUUGGUACAACGAUUGAUACGAUUCUGGUUAAUGGUACACUAGAGGAAGGCGCAACAAUUGUAGUGUGUACAUUGGACGGACCUGUUGUGACAACGAUCCGUUCCUUGCUGACCCCUCACCCCAUGAAGGAAAUUCGAGUCAAGGGCGAGUACCUUCACCACCAGAAGAUGAAGGCUGCUAUGGGUGUGAAGAUUUGCGCCCAGGGCCUCGAGAAGGCAGUUGCUGGUACUCAGAUUCAUGUGGUUGGCCCCGAUGAUGACGUUGAUGAGCUGAAGGACUCCGUCAUGUCCGAUCUGACUGGAAUUCUGGACUCCGUGAAGGCUACCCGCCGCGGUGUCAUGGUUCAGGCUUCCACCCUUGGUGCCCUGGAGGCACUACUGGAGUUCCUGCGCACGUGUGACCCGCCCAUUCCUGUGUCCUGUGUGAACAUCGGUCCUGUCCACAAGAAAGACGUCAUGCGUGCUUCGGUGCAGUUGGAGCACCAGCCUGAGUUUGCCACCAUCUUGGCGUUCGAUGUGAAAGUCCAUAGUGACGCUACUGAGCUGGCCACUGAGCUUGGUGUGCGUAUUUUCACGGCCGACAUCAUUUACCACCUGUUCGAUCAGUUCACGGCGUACAUGGACAACUUCCGCAUGGCCCGUCGCGAGGAGUUUGCCGAGGUGGCUGUGUUCCCGUGUGUGUUGAAGAUUUUGCCCAACUGCGUCUUCAACAAGAAGGACCCGAUUAUUCUUGGUGUGGACGUCGAGGAAGGUAUCCUCAAGGUCGGCACUCCGCUGGUGGUGCCGUCCGCUGGUGGCUUCCUAGUCGGUAAGGUUGGCUCCAUUGAACGCGAGCACAAGGAGGUGGAUCGCGCCAAGAAGGGCGCGUCCGUGGCCGUGCGGAUAGACAACGAGAGCAGCGUCAUGUACGGCCGUCACUUCGACCACAAGAACAAGCUAGUGUCGCGUCUGACACGCCAGAGCAUUGAUGCCCUGAAGGAGAAUUUCAGGGAAGACUUGCAGAAGGAGGACUGGCAGCUCGUCAUCAAGCUCAAGAAGGUGUUCGAUAUCAUUUAGAGAGCGCAAGUUACGCGCAGGAACAGCAGGGAAUUCGCGCCCAGAGAGGGUGUUAAGAGGAGACUCGUGUUGAAAUCUGAGCAGGUUUCUUGCCAGCGGGGGCAGUUAUGUCUAGCAAUAUAUGAUUUCUUGUCGUCGAUGCAAGAGGUCCCAUGACAGAUGGAGUUCAGCCACGGUGG